AUGCCGGCAGAUAUGGCUGAAUUGGUUUUGGCCCUUGUUCAACCGGCCGGAAGAAAAGGCACGGAUGUGUGGGAGGAAGAGGAUACAUAUGAAGAGGGUAGGAGGUUACGUGAGUGUGAAGAGGAUACAUAUGAAGAGGGUAGGAGGUUACAACUGGAGGAUGUAGAAAUAAACAAGUAUAUGUACCCAAAAGCAUUAUCAUGUUGCGUCCAUCCUCGAAGUGCUUGUAGUUGGAGAGGUGCCAUGUUCCAUCAUAUAAGUAAUAUGAGUUGUUAUCCAAAAGUAGAAAAUCAGGACUCCACCCAUAUUUUGCAAGUCCAUUUCCUUCCAUAUUUUGAGAGGAUGCUUAAUUGUCAACUGCGUAAAACACAAGCCGAAUUCCUUCAAACAGGUAACAAGUACCCCAAUUCACUCACUUAUGUUACUUCGAAGGAUUUCACACUGAGGAGAAUAGUUCUUUACUUUGUUUGCGGUUUUUUGUUAGAGAUUUUUCGCAACUUAUUGUUACUAUAG